AUGAAUGGCGAUGAUGAUGAUGGCAUGAUGUUGGUGAAUAGAAGUGGAGGUGUUGAUGAUGAUGACGAUGAUGAUGAUGGCAUGAUGUUGGUGAAUAGAAGUGGAGGUGUUGAUGAUGAUGACGAUGAUGAUGAUGGCAUGAUGUUGGUGAAUAGAAGUGGAGGUGUUGAUGAUGAUGACGAUGAUGAUGAUGGCAUGAUGUUGGUGAAUAGAAGUGGAGGUGUUGAUGAUGACGAUGAUGAUGAUGGCAUGAUGCUGGUGAAUAUAAGUGGAGGUGUUGAUGAUGACGAUGCUGAUGAUGGUAUGAUGUUGGUGAAUAGAAGUGGAGGUGUUGAUGAUGAUGACGAUGAUGAUGAUGGCAUGAUGUUGGUGAAUAGAAGUGGAGGUGUUGAUGAUGAUGACGAUGAUGAUGAUGGCAUGAUGCUGGUGAAUAUAAGUGGAGGUGUUGAUGAUGACGAUGCUGAUGAUGGCAUGAUGUUGGUGAAUAUAAGUGGAGGUGUUGAUGAUGACGAUGCUGAUGAUGGUAUGAUGCUGAUGACACAGGUGGUGGAGUUGAGGGUGGAGAUGGUAAAGAUUGUAUGA